CUCACAAUAAAUAAUAAAAAGGUGUCAUAGUGGUGUGACGCGGUUAUCCCCUUAAUCUUCCCAGACAGCUGUCUGGGUUUAGGUAGUGAUGACCAUAAUCUCAUUUGGCACCUUGAGGGGCAGCCAGGGUUGAUAUAUACGAGGCAGAGAGCGAAUUCCAAAGAAGAAGAAGUCUGCAAGAUGGGGAACAGCAAGAGCAGCGCCUUGUCCAAGGAGCUCCUGGAGGAACUGAAGUCCAACACGAAAUACGGCGAGUCCGAGCUGUGCACUUGGUACCAGUCCUUCCUGAAGGAGUGUCCCACCGGGAAGAUCAGCAAGCAGCAGUUUGAGGGCAUCUACGCCAGCUUCUUCCCCAACGCCGACCCCACGGAGUACGCGCGGCACGUGUUCCGGAGCUUCGACACCAACGCCGACGGCACUUUGGACUUCAAGGAGUACAUCGUCGCCCUGCACCUCACGACCGGGGGCAAGACCCUGCAGAAGCUGGAGUGGGCCUUCGCCCUGUACGACGUGGACGGCAACGGCACCAUCAGCAAGAACGAGAUCCUGAAGAUCGUCAGGAACACCGUCCGGACCGAAGGUCACCGACCAGCAAACAUCCGCAAAAACACGAGAACAUCGGAUUCAAAUAUGGAUUACGACUCUUCAUCUGAUCGGCUUCGUGCUUUUGAGAAAUUGAAAGAGACGGCCCACACAAAGGUAAUAAUCCAAAUAAAGCAACAGGACGACAGAGACAACAAAGACAACACACACACACACACACGUAAACACACACGUAAACACACACUGUUCAUGCAUCCUCUGGGACGAGUCGGCUGGCCUCAGAUCAGUUUCCUUCUGGCCUGCGAGUGUUUUUAAAUCUGCUGAAUUUUUUCUCUCUUUCAAAGCAAAGAUGUGUUCUGUGCUUUUCACCCCCCCCCCCUCCACCCCCCCUACCCCCCCUCCCCCAAAAUAAACAAAUAAACAAACACAACAUGGUACAAAUACCUGGAGGCCUCAGAGGGCCCCGUUAAAACAUGGAGAUACACGGAGGCUGUACACAUGUACACGUCUAGGCACUAGGAGGUGUUCAGAGGAACGAGAGGCGACUGUGGAGUCACGCUUCACAAACACUGUGUGUGUGUGUGUGUGUGUGUGUGUGUGUGUGUGUGUGUGUGUUAUUUUAAUAACUGAGGUUCCUGGCUAUAAAUGCUGUACAUAUUUUGUAUUUCUUGUUGUAUGUUUGUGUGUGUGUGUGUGUGUGUGUCUGUGUGUGUCAGUAUAUGUACAUAUUUUUGUGUCUGUGCUUGUGUGGUGAGAGAGAAAAGCUCCUUCACUUCUGUCACUGACCUUCUGUUACUUCACUCCACACAUUGUGUGUGUGUGUGCGGUUCCCACACAUUGUGUGUGUGUGUGUGUGCGGUUCCUACACAUUGUGUGUGUGCGGUUCCUACACAUUGUGUGUGUGUGCGGUUCCCACACAUUGUGUGUGUGCGGUUCCUAUACGUUGUGUGUGUGCGGUUCCUACACAUUGUGUGUGUGUGUGUGCGGUUCCUACACAUUGUGUGUGUGUGCGGUUCCUAUACGUUGUGUGUGUGCGGUUCCUAUACGUUGUGUGUGUGUGGUUCCUACACAUUGUGUGUGUGUGCGGUUCCUAUACGUUGUGUGUGUGUGUGUGCGGUUCCUACACAUUGUGUGUGUGUGCGGUUCCUACACAUUGUGUGUGUGUGUGCGGUUCCUACACAUUGUGUGUGUGUGCGGUUCCUAUACGUUGUGUGUGUGUGUGUGCGGUUCCUACACAUUGUGUGUGUGUGCGGUUCCUUCCUACACUUUGUGUGUCUCUUCACACUCAGAUGUAAAACAUAUUUAAAACAUGCAUUUUUUCCCCACCAAAAACAAAACAAAAAACUCACCGACAAAAUAUGAAAAUAUAUCAUAUUCAGUCUCAUAUCUACAAUAAAGGAUUUUAGACUUUU